AUGGAGCCCUCCAGAGCGCUUCUCGGCUGCCUGGCGAGCGCCGCCGCUGCCGCCCCGCCGGGGGAGGAUGGAGCGGGGGCCGCGGCCGAGGAGGAGGAGGAAGAGGAGGAGGAGGCGGCGGCGGCCCCCGGGGAGCUGGGUUCCGAAGCACCGCUGCCCUACUGGACGGCGGUGUUCGAGUACGAGGCUGCAGGCGAGGACGAGCUGACCCUGCGGCUGGGCGACGUGGUGGAGGUGCUGUCCAAGGACUCGCAGGUGUCUGGCGACGAGGGCUGGUGGACCGGGCAGCUAAACCAGCGGGUGGGCAUCUUCCCCAGCAACUACGUGACCCCGCGCAGCGCCUUCUCCAGUCGUUGCCAGCACGGCGGCGAGGACCCCAGUUGCUACCCGCCCAUUCAGUUGUUAGAGAUUGAUUUUGCGGAGCUAACCCUGGAAGAGAUUAUUGGCAUCGGGGGCUUUGGGAAGGUCUAUCGUGCUUUCUGGAUAGGGGAUGAGGUUGCCGUGAAAGCAGCUCGCCAUGACCCCGAUGAGGACAUCAGCCAAACCAUAGAGAAUGUUCGCCAGGAGGCCAAGCUCUUUGCCAUGCUGAAGCACCCCAACAUCAUUGCCCUUAGGGGUGUGUGUCUGAAGGAACCCAACCUCUGCUUGGUCAUGGAGUUUGCACGUGGAGGGCCUUUGAAUAGAGUGUUAUCUGGGAAAAGGAUUCCCCCAGACAUCCUGGUGAACUGGGCUGUGCAGAUUGCCAGAGGGAUGAACUACUUACAUGAUGAGGCAAUUGUCCCCAUCAUCCACCGCGACCUUAAGUCCAGUAACAUACUGAUCCUCCAGAAGGUGGAGAAUGGAGACCUGAGCAACAAGAUUCUGAAGAUCACUGAUUUUGGCCUGGCUCGAGAAUGGCACCGAACCACAAAGAUGAGCGCAGCAGGGACAUAUGCUUGGAUGGCACCCGAAGUCAUCCGUGCCUCCAUGUUUUCCAAAGGCAGUGAUGUGUGGAGCUACGGGGUGCUGCUUUGGGAGCUCCUGACUGGCGAGGUGCCCUUCCGAGGAAUCGAUGGCUUAGCCGUAGCCUAUGGAGUGGCCAUGAACAAGCUCGCUCUUCCCAUUCCUUCUACGUGCCCAGAACCUUUUGCCAAACUCAUGGAAGACUGCUGGAAUCCCGACCCUCACUCACGACCAUCUUUCACAAAUAUCCUGGACCAGCUAACUACCAUAGAGGAGUCUGGUUUCUUUGAAAUGCCCAAGGACUCCUUCCACUGCCUGCAGGAUGACUGGAAACAUGAGAUUCAGGAGAUGUUUGACCAACUCAGGGCCAAAGAAAAGGAGCUCCGCACCUGGGAGGAGGAGCUGACGCGGGCCGCGCUCCAGCAGAAGACGCAGGAGGAGCUGCUGCGGCGCCGCGAGCAGGAGCUGGCCGAGCGGGAGAUCGACAUCCUAGAGCGGGAGCUCAACAUCAUCAUCCACCAGCUGUGCCAGGAGAAGCCCCGGGUGAAGAAACGCAAGGGCAAGUUCAGGAAGAGCCGGCUGAAGCUCAAGGAUGGGAACCGCAUCAGCCUUCCUUCCGAUUUCCAGCACAAGUUCACGGUUCAGGCCUCCCCCACCAUGGAUAAAAGGAAGAGUCUCACCAACAGCCGCUCCAGUCCUCCUGCGAGCCCCACCAUCAUUCCUCGCCUUCGAGCCAUCCAGUUGACACCAGGUGAAAGCAGCAAAACCUGGGGCCGGAACUCAGUCGUCCCCAAAGAAGAAGGGGAGGAGGAGGAGAAGAGGGCCCCCAAGAAGAAAGGACGGACGUGGGGGCCAAGUACACUUGGUCAGAAGGAGCUUGCCUCGGGAGACGAAGGAUCCCCUCAGAGACGUGAGAAAGCUAAUGGUUUAAGUACCCCAUCAGAGUCUCCACAUUUCCACCUGGGCCUCAAGUCCCUGGUAGAUGGAUAUAAACAGUGGUCGUCCAGUGCCCCCAACCUGGGGAAGGGCCCGAGGAGUAGCCCAGCCCUGCCAGGGUUCACCAGCCUUAUGGAGAUGGAGGAUGAGGACAGCGAAGGUCCCAGGAGUGGGGAGAGUCGUCUACAGCAUUCACCCAACCAGUCCUACCUCUGUAUCCCGUUCCCUCGCGGAGAGGAUGGGGAGGGCCCCUCCAGUGAUGGAGUCCACGAGGAGCCCACCCCAGUCAAUUCAGCCAACAGUACCCCUCAGCUGACGCCAACUAACAGCCUCAAGCGGGGUGGCACCCACCACCGCCGUUGUGAGGUGGCUCUGCUUGGCUGUGGGGCUGUUCUCGCGGCCACAGGCCUGGGCUUUGACCUGCUUGAAGCUGGCAAGUGCCAGCUGCUUCCCCCAGAGGAGCCUGAGCCACCAGCCCGGGAGGAGAAGAAGAGGCGUGAGGGUCUUUUCCAGAGGGCCAGCCGUCCUCGUCGGAGCACCAGCCCCCCAUCCCGGAAGCUCUUCAAGAAGGAGGAGCCCAUGCUGUUGCUAGGAGACCCCUCUGCCUCCCUCACGCUGCUUUCUCUCUCCUCCAUCUCGGAGUGCAACUCCACCCGCUCCCUGCUGCGUUCCGACAGUGACGAGAUCGUGGUGUACGAGAUGCCCAUCAGUCCGGUUGAAGCCCCACCCCUGACCCCUUGCACCCACAACCCCCUGGUCAAUGUCCGAGUGGAACGCUUCAAGCGAGACCCUAACCAAUCCCUGACUCCUACCCAUGUCACCCUUACGGCCCCCACGCAGCCCAGUGGUCACCGGCGGACUCCUUCUGAUGGGGCCCUCAAGCCAGCGGCUCUCCUAGCCAGCAGGAGCCCCUCCAGCAAUGGGUUGAGCCCCAGCCCAGGAACAGGAAUGUUGAAAACCCCCAGCCCCAGCCGAGACCCAGGUGAAUUCCCCCGUCUCCCUGACCCCAAUGUGGUCUUUCCCCCGACCCCAAGGCGCUGGAACACACAGCAGGAUUCUACCCUGGAGAGACCCAAGACCCUGGAGUUUCUGCCUCGGCCACGUCCUUCUGCCAACCGGCAACGGCUGGACCCUUGGUGGUUUGUGUCCCCCAGCCAUGCCCGUAGCGCCUCCCCAGCCAACAGCUCCAGCACGGAGACACCCAGCAACCUGGACUCCUGCUUCGCUAGCAGCAGCAGCACUGUGGAUGAGCGGCCCGGACUCCCGGCCCUGCUCCCGUUCCAAGCGGGGCCGCUGCCCCCUGCUGAGCGGACGCUUCUGGACCUGGACGCAGAGGGCCAGAGUCAGGACAGCACCGUGCCGCUGUGCAGAGCCGAACUGAACACACACAGGCCCGCCCCUUAUGAGAUUCAGCAAGAGUUCUGGUCUUAA